GGUUUGUUUGUCUGUGUUUGUCUCUCCGCUACAGCGACGCGACGAGCGAGUCGAGACGACAGCGACGAGUGCGACGAGUGCGACGAUGAGCAGCUACUAUUCCCGGUCACCACCACCCCUGCAGCACCCGGUCCCCACUCACCCGGCAUUCAUACCUGAGCCACCCUCCACCCCAGGCCCAGGCUCACCCCCGCAGGGCUACCACAGAUACCAGCCUCAACCACACCUGCCCGACUUUGCAGCAUGGGGCAUGAACGACACCACCGCCCAGUUCGGAAUGCAGCUCGGUCAGAGUGCAGUCGCUGCAGGUCAUGAAUAUGUCCAGAAAAACUUCGGCGGUUUCAUUCCCCUGACCCUCCUCAAACACCACUUCAACGUCUCCAAUUCGUAUGUCAUGAAGAAGCUGCAAAUUCUCCUCUUCCCUUGGAGACACAAACCCUGGUCACGCAGAGUACGCAGGUCGGAAGCAGGUCACACCGAAUGGCAGCCUCCCCGGGACGACGUCAACAGUCCGGACCUCUACAUUCCUCUCAUGGCGUUUGUCACUUACAUCCUCAUUUCUGCCCUGCAAACUGGUCUUCAAGACCGGUUCCAUCCACAAAUACUCGGCGCGUCUGCGUCGCGUGCCCUCGUCGUUCUCCUUCUCGACUUCUUGUUCGUCAAAGGCGGCUGCUACUUGCUCAACGUACAAAGCUCUAGUCAACUCACAGAUCUCGUUGCAUAUGGCGGCUACAAGUUUGUCGGCGUCAUCCUCACCCUCCUGACCGGACUGGUCAACUUCAGCAGGACUGUAUAUCUGCUGGUCUUUGCCUACGCUUUUGCAGCCAACGCAUUCUUCCUGCUCCGUUCUCUCCGAUCGGUCGUUCUCCCAGACCUGUCUUCGGCAACGACACCAGUGACAGUGUCACAUGCCCAACGGAAGCGCCGAAUCACGUUCCUGUUUCUCGAGGCUGUCAUGCAGGUGGUCUACAUGGGUAUACUAGUCAGGGUGUAGCUAGUAUCCCAUGUAGGAUUAGAUUAGGACAGUGAUAUCGAUUUGCUAGUCGGCAAGAGCCGGG